AUUGAAGCAUACAAGCUAUUAUAUAUUUUCAUAAUAUAGAACUUUAAAGUAUAGUAAUCAACAGUGGCAAAAUAUUUCUGUCUCUGACAUUAUUAUUUGUGAGAUCCAACCUGUAAUUGAGAUCAGAGAAAACAGUAUGGAAAAACAAAUCCACGAGAACAGGAUAAAAAUAUCAUGAACAGUAAAAUAUGUCUAAGUAUUUAAAACUGUAUAGAAAAAAUAAAUUAGAUGAACAAUUGUGUAAAUAUAAAUUAAAAAAAGAUGACAUUCUUAAUAAAUAAAGUUUACUAUUUACAUUUUUAUAUAUUGCCAAAAGAUUUAACUUAGAUCCAUAAAAACACAUAAACAGAAAUAAAAAACCAAACAUAGGAGCAGCAAAUUUAUGCGCGUGAGGUACAGAAAAAGGAUUGGAAUUGUGUUUAGUUUUUGGUGUUUAGAUUGUUUUCUUUGUGUCUUUUUUCUUUUUCUUUUUUUUUUUUUUCUUUUUUUACCAUAGGCCAGUAGAAUUCUUAUGAGAACAGCUUUUAAGCACUUCAAUGGAGUGUCAUUUUUUUGGUAGCUUCCAGAAGGUGCCAAACAGGUUUCAACAUCAUAUUAAUUAGAAAUACCCAUAAUAAUUAUAACAAUAAUAAAAAGGUAUAAUAUGAUACAUAAAUAUGGAAGAGCAGUUUGUAAUAUGAAUACAUUUUCUCUAGACGAGAUCACAGUUUUAUUUUGUAAAUAUUACAUUUAAGUAUAUAUAUACACACAUAUAUGUACAACUAUAUAUACAUGUGCAUAUAUAUGUAAAUUUAUAUUUAUAUAUAAUAUCUUUAUAUAGAUAGAUAUCUGCAGACAGGUUAUUGAUUACAGAGACCCAAGAAAGCAACUCAAUAAUUGUUCAAAGGUUUCCUCACUGACUGCUGGUGUGUAGUUUAAGAAGCCCCCAUUUGUUUGCACUCACAAUGCCUUAUCUUCUUUUAAUGGAACACUUGAUGUGGAAUUUUAAGUCUGAGAAGUGAGGUGCCUUCUGAAGAAGAGAUUUUAGAGACUCCCUUCCUCUAUAAGUUAAAAAUGACCGGAAGUCUUAAGUAGACGACAGUUAGCUGACUUUGACGUUGUAGGACAUAAUCAGCUUUAAACCAAAUCAUAGAACUGGUAAAGGGUAAGAUCAAAUUUGCCAAAACAAUAAAAUAUUCUCCAAUACAGGUCUCUCUUUUAAGAUGGACUACAAUUUAGGAGCUCCGGCUUUAUUCCUUGAAAUAUCAAACAAGCACUCCUUGUCUUUCUGAAAAGGCCAAUGGGCCUGUGCAUUCUUGAAUAAUAAUCCAUGGACUUUGUGUCAAGCGUUGGCCCUCACAGCCCACCUAAAACCUCAGGGCCUCAAAAUCUCCUGCCCUCCCACUCUGAGGUAGGUAUAUAGUAUUAUCCCCAUUUUGCAGCUAGAGAAACUGAUGCAAAUGUAGAGGCAACUGGAUAACUUGUUAAAGAUCACUGAGCAAACUGCUGCCUGGAGUCAAAAAUUCUAAGUUCUUUACAAUAGGGACAUAAUUUCUCUUUUGGCUAUUAUACAUUUCUUUUAAAAAGCAAGUGAUUCAUAGGAAUUGGCAAAAGUUGAAUAAAUUACAAGAACAAGCUUUUAUUCAUUUGCUAUUUGGUUUUUAUGUUUGUUGUUUACUUCAUUUGCUUUGUUUCUCAAAACUCACUGGGAUUACCUGUCUGGUCAUGUAGCAGCUUUUAUAAAACUGGACUAUGCAGUGUGGUUCUGAGUGCAGUCUUUAUAAAGCCCAGUGCUGUACUGGUAAAUAUAAACAUUUUAUAACGUGAAAAGCACGACGACACAGUAUGUCCCCUUAAUAUCUGGAAAAAACAAUAUCAAGCCCUCCCACUCCCUACUACCACUGAUUGCCACCAAACAAAUAAACAAAAUGCCCACCCCCCCCCCCACAACAACAAUAACACAUCAAGGGAGAAAAUGUCAUAUUUCCUGGACCUACCACAAUGUACAGAAAAUAACAGACAGUGUUAUCAAAUCCCACUCUAUGUCUUCUAGGGAAAUGUUUAUGUUUGUGUCUACCUACUGAGUCUGUAGAAUAAACAAUUUCCUUUAGGAAACAUAAAAAUAUGUUUUUUAUUCUUAGUUUUUAAUCAUGCAUUUUUAUUUCCUUUUAAUCUCUUUGUCUUCUAUUAAUCUCUAUCUGUACAGCUUUGCCACCAUUUUUUUAUUUUCUCACUUGAAGUAGUUCCAGAAAAAAACACAAAACCUCAAAACUGUUAACUUGACCUUAUAAUUUCCUUCCUUUCUUCCUUCCUUCCUUCCUUUUUUUCUUCUUUCUCUUUCUUUCUUUCUUUCUUUCUUUCUUUCUUUCUUUCUUUCUUUCUUUCUUUCUUUCUUUCUUUCUUUCUUUCUUUCUUUCUUUCUUUUUCUUUCUUUCCUUCUUUCUUUCCUUUCUUUCUUUCUUUCUUUCCUUUCUUUCUUUCACACAGGUAACACCUAUAACAAAUUGACAAUUGCAACCAAGUUAAAUCGAACCUGGAAGGGAGAUAGCCGAAAUGUGUCUCAAAGAAUUAUUUUCAACAAAUAGCAUUUAAGCAUUGGCCAAGGUGGGAAUAAGACCAAGAGAACCGUCUAGGCAGUGACUCAAUGUGUUGAAGCCAGGAGUGGCAGCUGAUACCCUACAUUUUCAAAGCCCUACCAUCUAUGACCAUUAAUCUUUCCCUUCCUUGACAUCCCAAUUCACCAUCAAAACUGAUUUCCCAAGGACUGUAUUUCCUUAAAAGGUUGUUGGCACAGAGUCUGGGGGGGCAAUGCAAAUCCUUUGGGUAGGUGUUAAGAUUGUGACUUGGAAAAGGUUCCCUAAAUAGGGCUUAGAGAACUGUCCACCUCAUCUUUUAUUUUUUGCUGCUAACAAUCUAAUACUUCAAAUGCAGAACCUUCAGUGUUUUAAGGCCUUUGAGCUGCUGAUACACAAUAGUGCAUCAGAGCUGCCUCUCAGUGCUCCGGUCACCUAAACAGAAGAUGACUGAAGGAAUGAAACCAUGAGUUAAUUCCCAGGAGGAAAAUAAAACUGGGAAUAAAUGCAUUGCUCAAAUUGAGCUGACACUCCUCCACUAAGGUUUGAAAAGACCCUAUUAAUGAUACCUUCCAUGUGGGCAUGAGGUUGGCCACCAAUCAAGUAGCCUCUUUUGCCUAAUAUCCUUGGCAAAUAUAUGUUUGUUAGCAACAGGUCUGAAUGAAAGAGACUGAGUGGGUCUUAAUUCAGAAGAGCUGAAUUCACUCUGUGAGUCUGAAGAUACAAGUCAACCUCCAGGAAUCUUUGCUUAGCUGGAUAGUGUGGGAAUAGAUGAUGAUGGGAGUGAAGAUAGAAAGAGGAUAAGGACUGAUUUGAGGGAAGCUGGUAAGGUUCUUUUGUGGCUACUGAAAUCACAUCAGUAGUAAUGUCAUCUAUGGGUCUUCAAAGUUUCUUGUAUUACCUAUGGGUAUAAUUAAGCAACUGGGAGGGUUGAUACUGUUACCUUUCUUAGCUUGUACCUUCUAAGUUAACAUCACACAGGCUGCUAACUCUGCUAGGGCAAGAGAGAGGCCUGGAGAGUUGGCAAGAGUGCGAAGAUACUGGAGAGGGGUUCAGAAUAGGAUCGAUUCUUCUAAUAUUAUUCUUAUUUCUUGCUAAGAAUUGGUCCUUGUAAUUACAGUGAGGUAAUGGUCUGGAUAUAAAUGAGAUAUGGUUUUGUGAGGAAGAAGCAUAGAGGAUUAUUCUUAACAACUGUGGCAGUCUUGCCGAUAUGGAACCCAAUUUCAGAGUUUGUGAAAUGGUAUAAGUCUCAUAAACUAUCUCAGCACUGCAUCUGUAUUUGUGGGCACCUGUGCCAAAAGCACCUCGAUAUGUUUCUUAAUGUAAUUGGCCAGAGAUGGCCAAUAGAUGUCUUCUCAAGUGUUUUUGAUCACCAGGUAAGUGCUACUGGGAGUGAUAUAAUAUGGUGGUUCCUAAAGUUAUUUUUGGUCCCAUUUUUUUUUUUUUUUUUUAAAAAGGCUAUGAUAGAUUAACAACACCUGCCUUGGAUGCAGGAGUUAGGUGAGGCUGCACACGUGCGUGGUAUUUUCUAUCCCUACGCUAGGUUUUGUUUCUGUUGGCUCUCUUCA